AUGGCGGUCCUCGACAUCUCAAUCUACUUCGACUUCAUCUGCCCAUGGUGUCUGAUCGGCCACAAGUCCCUCGACAAGGCCAUCAACCUCUACCAACGUACCUACCCAGGCGGUCGGGAUGACGAGAUCCGAUACAAUCUUCUGCCAUAUUACCUCAAGCCAGAUGCUCCACAAGGCGAGAGCGUCGCUGCGCUAGAAGCCAUCGAGAGGAAGAAUGGCAAGGAGAGAGUCAAUGCCAUCCGGACCCGACUGGAGCGCGUUGGGAGAGAGUACGGAAUCGAUUUCAGCAUGGCUCACUUUGUCGGCAGCACGCGCGAUGCCCAUCGCAUGCUGCGGUUCGCGCCAGUUGAGAAGCGGAAAGAAUUGCUCGAGGAGGUGUAUCGGUUGCAUUUCGAGUCGGACCUGGAUAUCACUUCUCACGAGGGUCUUGCGACGGCAGCUGAAAACGUGGGCUUGAGCCGGGUAGAGGUGCUGCAGUUUCUCAGCGGCCAACAAGGAGGCGAGGAAGUGGAUGAGCUGGCGGCAAAGGCCCGGAAGCAGGAUGGUGUCGCCAGUGUGCCCACCGUUGUCAUUGGUGACCGGCGGCUGGAAGGUGCAGAAGACGUGGGCGAGUUCUACGAAGCAUUGAUUGCUGCGAAGGAAGCUGCGUCUGGCUGA